AUGUUACCGAUACGUUACACCUAUGCAGUGCUGCUUCCCUACCUGAUUAUCAUUCUGCUAGCUUCAUCAGACGCAAGGAGAAAAAAAAAAGGUGUCCAAAAAGAACUCGACGUGCUACGCUCCUUUCUUGGUCCGGGAAUAAACAUACGUGAAGUGAAGAUACACGGGCAGUGGAAAAGAAAAAAAAAAAAACUCGAGUCAAAGUUUGACGUAAAAUUGGAAUUCACCUUAAAAUCGACGCCAACGCAGACAACAACGCUGACAACAACGCCCACGACGGCGGCGAAGCUGGAACUGCCCUGCCCGUACGACGGUGUGAGAAUAGGCCAGGGCUACGACAUUCACCAGAUACGGGUCGGCCCCCUGGAAGACAUCACCGCCGACUCCACCGCGAGCCCCUCCGCUGAUGCCAACAAGCAGAGCUUCAAAAGGCUGACCAUCGGGGGGGUCCAAGUGGAUAACAUUUCCAUCCUGUCGCACAGCGAUGGGGACGUCAUUUUUCACGCAUUAGUGGACGCCCUACUUGGCGGCAUGAGUUGUUCGGACUUGGGAACCCUCUUUCCUGAUGACUCAGAAAAAUAUAAAAAUAAAAAGUCACUCUCCUUUUUAAGAUAUGCCAGACUACUUUUGUAUAAAAAUAAUUAUGCCAUCGCAAAUGUGGACAUCAUCGUCAUUGCGGAAGUUCCCAAGAUAAGUCGCAUUCGCGAGGAAAUAGUUCGAAACAUAUCUUCUGCUCUGGGCAUCUCGGAAUCGCAGGUCUCCCUCAAAGGUACGCUCGGACUGCGGUGA